UAUAAAUUCAUACACCAUCAUCAAAUAAUAUAACAAAUUUAUAUUUUCAAUCUAUUCACUUACCACCAGUAAUUCAUUGCUUGUUAAAAUUUAAACGCAAAACAACUAUAAUUUAGAGUAAAAUGUUUCGUGCGCCGCUUGUCAAAGCAUUAGCUGCAGGCUCUGGCUCACCCGUUCAUCGGGUAGCCACCGUAGCGGCGAUACGCACUAGCGCUGCAGUCACCCAAACACCAGCCAAGGCUCCCGAAAAGAUUGAAGUCUUUGUUGAUGAUAUCCCCGUGCAUGUGUUGCCUGGUACAACUGUUUUACAAGCUGCUGCCAUGGUUGGUGUUGAAAUUCCAAGAUUCUGCUAUCAUGAGCGUUUGGCUGUUGCUGGCAAUUGCCGCAUGUGCUUGGUGGAAGUUGAAAAGAGUCCCAAGCCGGUGGCAGCUUGCGCUAUGCCCGUUAUGAAGGGAUGGCGUAUUAAAACCAAUUCCGACCUCACACGCAAAGCUCGUGAAGGUGUUAUGGAAUUCUUGUUAAUGAACCAUCCAUUGGAUUGUCCAAUUUGUGAUCAGGGUGGUGAAUGUGAUUUGCAAGAUCAAGCAAUGGCUUUUGGUUCAGAUCGUUCACGAUUUGUUGAUAUUAAUCAUACUGGAAAGAGAGCUGUUGAAGAUAAAGACAUUGGUCCUUUGGUCAAAACAAUUAUGACUCGAUGCAUUCAUUGCACUCGUUGCAUUCGAUUUGCAUCGGAAAUUGCUGGUGUUGAUGAUUUGGGUACAACUGGACGUGGUAAUGAUAUGCAAAUUGGAACUUAUGUUGAAAAGUUAUUCUUGACUGAGUUGUCUGGGAAUGUUAUUGAUUUGUGUCCAGUUGGGGCGUUGACUAAUAAGCCAUAUAGUUUCACCGCUCGUCCUUGGGAAAUUCGCAAGGUUAGCAGCAUUGAUGUUUUGGAUGCCAUUGGCAGCAACAUUGUUGUAAGCACUCGUACCAAUGAGGUUCUAAGAAUUCUACCCCGUGAAAAUGAAGACAUCAACGAAGAAUGGUUAGCCGAUAAGUCUCGAUUUGCCUGUGAUGGUUUGAAACGUCAACGUUUGGUCGCCCCAAUGGUUCGUAUGCCAAAUGGUGAGCUACAAGCCGUUGAAUGGGAAGGCGCUUUAAUUUCUGUGGCCAAGGCUCUACAAAAGGCACCCAAGGGAUCAGUUGCUGCUGUUGUUGGCCAAUUGGCUGAUGUUGAAUCAAUGGUUGCAUUGAAGGAUCUCAUCAAUCGUAUUGGCUCAGAGACACUCUGCACAGAACAAGGUUUCUGCACUAAGGGUUCCAGCACUGAUUUGAGAUCGAAUUAUUUGUUGAAUUCAACAAUUGCUGCUUUGGAGGAAGCCGAUGCAGUUUUGUUGGUUGGUACCAAUCCCCGCUAUGAAGCUCCACUCUUGAAUACUCGUCUACGUAAAAGUUAUGUCCAUAAUGAACUCGAUAUUGCUCUGAUUGGACCCAAAGUUGAUUUGUCUUACAAACAUGAACAUUUGGGAGACGAUGCUAGUUUGAUUACACAAGUAUGCAAUGGAACUCAUCCAUUCUCAAAGACUUUGGAAGCCGCUAAGAAGCCAGCUAUCAUUGUUGGUGCUGAACUCUUGGAACGUGCCGAUGGCGCUGGAAUUCAUGCUACUAUCCAUUCCUAUGCCAAGAAAUUGAGCAAACCAAACUGGAACGCCUUCAAUGUUUUGCAAACAAAUGCAUCACAAGCUGGGGCUUUGGAUAUUGGAUGCCAACCUGGUGUAAAUGCAGCAAUCAAAGCCCAACCCAAAGUAUUGUUCUUGCUUGGUGCCGAUGCUGGUGUUGUUAAACGUGAUCAAUUGCCAAAGGAUUGCUUUGUUGUUUAUAUUGGACAUCAUGGUGAUGCUGGUGCAACAAUUGCCGAUGCUGUGCUUCCUGGAGCCGCAUACACAGAAAAGCAAGGAACAUAUGUGAAUACUGAAGGACGUGCCCAACAGACUCUGGUUGCUGUUUCACCUCCUGGUUAUGCUCGUGAAGAUUGGAAAAUUCUUAGGGCUUUGUCUGAAGUUGUUGGAACUCCCCUCCCCUAUGACACUCUCGACGAACUAAGGAAUCGCAUUGAAGACAUUGCUCCACAUCUUAACCGACAUGGAAAACUACAAGGCUCAGCAUUCGGUGCUCUUGCCGAACAAUUGGCUGCGGCAAAAACAGUAGACAACACAAAAGUUGACAUCAAAAAGAAGGUUCUACAGGACUACUUUAUGACAGAUGCAAUUUCAAGGGCAUCUCCAACAAUGGCCAAGUGUAUUACCGCCGUAAAGAAGCAACAGUCUAAAGCAGCAAUGGCUCAGUAAGCGGUGAAUAGCAAAUGGCUACUCUUUAAA